CUCUGAAAAAAAAAAAAACACAAAGCAAGAAAAGUACUCGAAACAAAAACAUAUUUUCAAAGUCUCUUCGUCGGAAAAAUUUAAAAAAAAAAUUAAAAAAAAAAAAAACUAUGGAUGUGAUAAAGUCACAGCAAAUAUCGUCGAAACCAAUCGAGAAGGUGAUCGUUCACCCAUUGGUUCUCCUCAGCAUCGUCGACAACUACAACCGAGUCGCCAAGGACACUCGCCGCCGAGUCGUCGGCGUUCUACUCGGCAGCACCUUCAAAGGCACCGUUGAUGUCACCAACAGCUAUGCAGUGCCCUUUGAAGAAGACGAUAAGGAUCCAAGCAUAUGGUUUCUUGACCACAAUUACCAUGAAGCGAUGUUUUCUAUGUUCAAGAGAAUCAACGCCAAGGAGCACGUGGUAGGUUGGUAUAGUACAGGCCCGAAGCUACGGGAGAAUGAUCUUGAUAUUCACAGAUUAUUCCACAACUAUGUCCCAAAUCCUGUCUUGGUCAUUAUUGAUGUCCAGCCCAAAGAGCUGGGGAUACCCACUAAGGCUUACUAUGAUGUUGAAGAAGUCAAAGAGAAUGCUACACAAAAGAGCCAGAAGGUUUUUGUCCAUGUGCCUUCAGAAAUUGCGGCUCAUGAGGUUGAGGAAAUUGGAGUGGAACACUUGUUAAGGGAUGUGAAGGAUACAACCAUUAGUACACUUGCAAAUGAGGUUUCCGGAAAACUCACAGCUUUAAAGGGUUUGGAUGCGCGACUACGAGAGAUACGUGGUUACCUUGAUCUUGUCAUUGAUGGGAAGCUUCCUUUAAAUCAUGAGAUACUUUAUCAUUUACAGGAUGUGUUCAACCUGCUUCCAAAUCUCAACGUGAAUGAGUUAAUCAAGGCAUUUGCAGUUAAAACAAACGAUAUGAUGUUGGUAAUAUAUCUUUCUUCUCUCAUCCGAAGUGUCAUCGCACUCCACAACUUGAUCAAUAAUAAGAUGUUAAACAAAGAACAUGAGAAAGCUGAGGAUGCAAAGCCUGCCACAGUCCCUCCUGCCAGUGGAAACUGAUUUUGGGGUUUCAUGAUUCAUCCUUUACAGAGCUCCACCUUUUGGGGCAGUGAGAACAAACGAUCUGCUGCUUUUGAGGCUUCUCAAUCUGAGAAUUUUGUGUUCUCCGUAGUGCAAUCUGAUAUAGCAGGGUUCCAAAAUUGACACCCAUGUUGAUUUGUUACAUGAUGUUAGUAAACUGUACUGUUUAACAUCUUAUGCCAUGUUCAAUUAGUCAUUUUAUGUAGACUUCCAAGCAUUUUUCCUCAGUGUGCUCCAAGUUAAAACAAUUCCUGCUCACCAAGAUUAGUUUGCAUUGUGGAUAUUGCAUUGGCUGCUUGUGUGCAGGUUGCACGUGA